AUGCCCUCGUCUGCUGCCUCGACCACCGUUCCUGCGGGCACCACCACCACUACUGCUGCCACCCCCGCCCACCACAUCGACUACUGCAUCUUCGACAUGGACGGUCUCCUCAUCAACACAGAGACCCUCUACACAGAAAUCACCUCUGAAAUUCUUGCACGUUACGGCAAGACAUACGAUUUCGAGCUCAAGGCCAAGCUCAUGGGUCUUCGUGAGAAGGAAUCGGCGGCCAUUCUGGUUGCGGAAUCGGGCGCAGAUAUGACCCCAGAGGAGUACCUUCACGAGCGUCACCUUCUCCAGCUGGAGCGCUUCCCACACUGUGUCCCUCUCCCCGGUGUCAUGCGCCUCGUUAAGCACCUGAAGGCAAAGAAGAUCCCCAUCGCUGUGGCGACUUCUUCGUACCGCAAGAACUUCAACCUCAAGUCGAUGAACAACCAACACUUGUUCACCUUGUUCGACGUGAUUGUGUGCGGCGACGACCCUGCGAUCGAAAAUGGCAAGCCCAACCCCGAUAUUUUCUUUGUGGCUCGGGAUCGUUUGAAGGAGCACUUUGGACACAAGGAGAUUAAGAACGAGAACUGUCUAGUCUUUGAGGAUUCGCCUAUCGGUGUCCAGGCAGGAGUUAAUGCCGAGAUGAAGGUCCUCUGGGUGCCUGAUGUGAACAUUGGACGUCUCUACCCUACUUUGGAUGGACCUACUCAGCGUCUGGAUUCGCUUGAGGAGUUUGACCCUGUCUUCUAUGACCUUCCCCCUUUUGAGGCCGAGGUUGAGAACAAUGGCGCAUAA